AACGGCGGCGGUGGCUCGGCCGAAGUAAUGGUGUACUCGCUCGGCUGGGGCAUGGGAGAGCCGGAGCGGCGCGCGCUGGACCGCAAGCGUGCCCAGCCCGUCGCGCACACGCUCUCGCCCGAUGACGGACACGAGGUCGAUGUGCUACCUCUCCACAACCAGGUUGGCGGGCACACCAGGCUGCUGGUGUUGAACGACAGCACGGUGAUCAAGCCGCUCAACAUCCGCGAGCUGCAUUUCUACCAGAACAUUCCCGAAGACAUCCAGAGCUUUGUGCCGCGAUACAAAGGCGUGAUGCAGGCCUCACAUACGGGAGGAACGAAAUUGGACAAGCGGUACUCGCCAUGUUUCCGCGACGAGAACGGGCGCAAGCAGUCGCUGAGCGGGAAGCGCAAGCGCGACGACGUAUUCAAAUUUAAAGUUCAUCGAAACGGCAAUGCGAGCGAAGUACUUAAGAGCAUUGCACACAUGGACAACUCUAAUAAGCAAUACUUUCUGAUGAUGGAGAACAUAACGUCGUCGUACCGGCGGCCGUGCGUGCUGGACCUCAAGAUGGGCACGCGGCAACACGGCGACGACGCCAGCGCCGAGAAGCGCACCAAGCAGAUUGCGAAGUGCCAGGCCAGCACCUCCGGCACGCUGGGGGUGCGACUCUGCGGCAUGCAGAUAUACGUGCCGGAGACGGGCGCGUGCCUGCGGCGCGACAAGUACUGGGGCCGCUCGCUCACGGAGGCGGGGCUGCGCGAGGCGCUGCGCGACUUCUUCGCGGCCGGCGCCGGCGCCGUGCGCGCGCGCGUCGUGCGCUGCGUGCUGCGCCACCUGGACGCGCUGCGCCGCGCCGUCGCCAAGCAGACCUCGUACCGGUUCUACUCCUGCUCGCUGCUCAUAGUUUACGAGGGCGACGUGGUGAGCGAGCUCGUCCCGGACGAGACGACCGCCGUCUCGUCGGAGUACGAGGGCGACGCCUCGGCCGGCUCAUCGGAGUCCGUUCCCUCGCCGGGCCACUUCGACAUGUCGACGCUGCACGACGAGAUCUACGGCGACGCGCGCGAGCCCUUCGUGCCGCACUCGGAGGAGACCAUGGGCGGGUACGAGGAGGGCGAGCCGGGCGAGGCCCGCGCGGCGCGCCAGCCGCCCAGCCCCGACUCCGCCGACAGCUGGAUGGCGUACUCGUCCGCCAGCGGCGAGUCGUGGCGCCACGCAGCCGAGACGGAGGCGGGGGAGGAGGACGAGUUCGGCAAGCGCGCGCGCACGCGGCCCUCGCCCCCCGCGCCCGCGCCCGCGCCCCCCGCGCCGCCCGCACCUCCCGCGCCGCCCGACGAGCGCGUCGACAUCCGCAUGAUCGACUUCGCGCACACGGCGUUCGCGGGCGCGGCGGCCGAGUCCCCGCUGGCGACGGCCACGCCGCACCACGGGCCCGACUGCGGGUUCCUCACCGGCGUCGACUCGCUCAAGCGCCUGCUCACGGAGAUCCUCCACCCGCAGGCCUACAGUUAAUGAGACCCCGUCCGCGCCGCGUCGGCGCUCUCUAGACAAAAUUCGCAAUAACGUAACCCCUGGACCCGGCCCGGCCGGUCCCGGAGAUCUUCGCGGAGUACGCUCGCCUCGAGAUUCGACGUGAGAUACUUUGGAAAGAGACUAUUUUCCUUAAAAUUAUAAAAUAUUUGACUGAUAUCGCUCCCAGUGAAUUUACUUGAUAUUUAAUAAUCCGCCGGGCGAUCACGUCGAGCGG